ACAUCAUUAUAUUACUUUCCACAUCAUUAUAAACCUCAGCUCUGACGAUAAAAUCCAUUCUUACAUUCAGACGUCACCACGAACAAGCCACUUAUAUGAAAUUGGUUGACAUUAUGAGCGAUGUACCACAAGAUUGCUAAUGCUACGGCACACUUCAGUCAACUUACUCCACUGGGCUAGAUCAACAGUGAAUUUCCACCAGUGAGUUGCAUCUAAAACACUUUUUGUACUUAAAUGUGGACUAAUAUAACUUUAAAAAAAUCCCACAAAAAACUGCCAUGUCUUCUCAAACCAUCCCCAUGUCCGUGGCGGUCAAGCCAGCGGAGCCUGUGACGUCAAUAGGUUCCAUGGCGACCUUUGGAAGGUUCCAGCGAUGGCAGUACGUGCUGGCAACUAUACCUAUACUGUUUACUGCGAUGAGUAACAUCAAUUAUGUGUUUUCUGCGGCCGCUGAAGAUGCCAGAUGUGCCGUGCCAGCCUGCGAGUCUGCAAACUCCACACUAUCCUUGCCACUCUGGUGGCCGGCCGUCGAACAUCGCUGCACCCGCCCGGUGCUCGUCAGCGGCAUUGUUGGCAACUGCAGCGUGCACAGCUUCAUCAACCAGUCUGUUCCGUGUGACAAAUGGGUGUACGGUUCCAGGAACUCUAUAGUUUCUGAGUUUGACCUGGCCUGCCAAGAGUGGAAGCGGACGCUUGUGGGCACGGUUCACAACGUGGGUGUGAUGAUAUCCAUGCCUCUAAUGGGCUUCGUUUCAGACAGAUGGGGCCGAAGAAAAUCUAUAAUAGCCAGCGGGCUGGGUCUAGUGGUUGGGGCUUUCAAGACCCUAACCGCGGGUCCGGGCUGGACCGGAUAUCCCCUUUACUUGUUGCUGGAGCUUCUGGAGGCUGCACUGGUUACUGGAACUUACACCACAUGUUUUGUGCUGAGAAAGUAUUUUAAUACCUUGCAAUCUCUUCCCACUUUCAUCAUUCACUUUUCCAAUUUACUUGGUAUAUGCUGUUACAUAGGAAAUGCAGAUUUUUCUUUUCCUUAGCUCUCUGUCACUCGUCAUCUUAUCUUACUUUCAUUCUGUUUUUAUCUCUCAGAAUCUCAUCCACUUUUUCCUUGAUCUACAUAUUCUACUACCGCCCCGCCCUCCAUAUUUUUUCAUUCCAUUUAUGUGACUUUCAUUCAUUCUCAUCACACACCGUAGAUACUACGGAAGGCCAUUGCCCAUGACUGCAAUAUUAUUAUUACAUUUAUAAUAAUUUUUACCCUACUUAUUGUAUGAUUUAACAU